AUGGGAUCAGAACUUCCUACGUCGCGAUCUACAGGAGCUGAAGAAGUCUCAUUGCCUGACAACCCUGAAGACGAAGAGCGCAAUGGACUGGAAAUAGCAUCCGCGGCAUUGGGUCGGCCAGAGAAAAUGGGGGAAGUGCCCUUCUAUGCUGGUGGACAGACGGGGCCAACUUCGGCUCUGGAUAUUUGCUCUACGGAGCAGUCCUUGCCGAGGCACUUUCUCAUUCCCCUUCAUCGGACAAGCUUGUCUGAGGAGAACAAGGAGUUUCUUCGCAGGAAGGGGGUAUACACACUCCCGGGAAGAAGUACCUGUGAAAGCUUGAUUCAAGCAUAUCUCCUCAAUGUUCAUCCAAUAUUACCGGUGAUUGAAGCCGAUGUGCUUCUGAGUCAUCAUCAAUCUGGGCAACUGGAGAGUUACAACAUCUUGCUCCUAUGGAGUAUAUUUUUCGUCGCUGUCAAUGCCUACAUCGAGACCCAGGGCUUUCAACAUACAAUCCGCAUGUCACCGACAGACAGCGAUCAUUUUGGCGUCGCCUCUGGUGGUGCUGCUUCUUCCGUGACCGCUGGCUUGGUCUUACUCGGGGAUAUGCUUUUUGACAUUGAGAGCUUGGGCGAACUUGGUCUCGCUGGCCAUCUGCCGAGUGACAUGUCAAGACUGAGCGAAUACUGGGUGAUGCUUAUUGAGAUGAGCCGUCAUUUGGGAGACGUUCUGGUUAUGAAUUUUCAAGCUACCCGGCCCAAGGGGACACUUGAGGACAUCGAAAUGCUCGAGAGGCGUCUUCUACAGAGCAGACUCCCUGAUCUGUAUGAAGGAGGGUUAACACACAUUUCGAAGUUUUACUCGAAUCAUGUUCACCUGCACUACCAAGCAUUGAUGAUCACUUUUUACCGUCCUUGGGGAAUGGAGUUUCCAGACGGGAUCGACGCUAAUGUGAAAGGAGACUGGCAACAACGAAUGAAGCUCAAGGCCGAUCACGCUGCGUCUCAAACAAAUGAAAUACUGGAUAGGCUUGUCCAAGAUGGACUGAUUGGAUUGGCAGGACCAAUGACACCUCCUCUCUUGGUCCCAGCGAUGCAAACGCAUCUGCUUCAAUCCAAGUUUGGCGAUCCUCUCGCCAAACGCAUUAGGCUGAAUAAGCUCGAAGUAUGCAUGCUUGUAAUGGAGGAACUCCAGAAAACGUAUAAGGUCGCUUCGGUAUAUCGUGGGAUCUUCAAAAAGGCUAUCCAACAGAUUUUCCCGGAUUACCCGGAUCGUGCGAUGCAUGCCAGUUGUUCACCCGCUUCUAUACCUUUUCCCCAAGGCGCGGACCCUGCGAGGAGCUUAGUCGACAAUGCUGAAAAUUCAGGUACCAAUCAACUUGGGGAGUCUGAUUUUGGAGUCUUAGAUGGGGAUGACUUGAUGGCUACUCUGAUGGAUAAUGCUUCAGUCUUUGAUUUCUGGCAGGCUUGUAAUCAAGUCUGA